GCCCCUGUCGACGAGCUGGCCUCGGAGAUUAAGGAGGCCUUCGUUUCCAACUGGGGCGUGUUGGCGGAGGGCCAGGGCAACCUGCGGCUACUCUACUGGAGUCCCGCGAUUCACCUGGGUGUGGUCCGCUGUGCUACACACCUCGCGAGCCAACUUCGUGCCUCUCUGACGAUGAUGACCCUCCUGGGAGGUGUGCCUGUGCAGGUUUCUGUUCACCUGCUGACAGGAGAAGUGCAAAAUGCGCUUCGGUGCGGCAGAGAGCUGCUGUGCAGGUGGCAGCGGGCGGCGCUGGAGCGUGCUGGACCGGCCGAGCAAGCUGCCGUUCGCCAGGGCUUCGAGACAGAGCUCCGCCUGCUGUCCGAGGUGAAGUCCAGCCACGUUGCCGCCUUCGGCCGAGUGGGCGAAUGA